ACCACCACACCUCUGCCCGCCACCACACCCACUGCCCCGUCACACCCAGCUCACUUUCCGCCGCUGGACUCAGUGUGUGAGGCACGUGUGAACCAGUGUGUGAACAGUGAUGCAGUGCGGAGAGUGACUCGCUAUUAACUGUGACCAAAAGACCACCACCUAGACUGACACCGAUCAGCUAACGUUCAUCCUUCAUGGGUGACCACAACACAUCCACCACGCUCACACCCAAGGCGGAGCCUCGCUCAGCUUCCGCCAGCCCACGCCUCGAACUCAAGAUGGAGGCCGCCGAGGAGGACGGCAAGGCACGGCCAACAGAGCUCGAGACACCCACCCGCGAGGAACCAAAAUCCACAUCCACGCCUACGCCUACUCCCACGCCCACGCCACUGGAUCUGAGUCAUCGUGAGACUGACAAGGUGGCCAGCAAACAGAGGCGUUCUGCCGGAGUGACAUUGUUUCCAGGACUGACCAUCACUCCUGGCCGAGGGCGGGGGGAGGACGCGCCCCUUACACCUUCACCGACGCCCUCUCCGCCAGAGCAAUCUUUUCCAAGAUUCCACUUCGGGCGAGGGGGAGCUGCUCCGACAGCUGCCACAACACACCUUCCCAAAACAACCACGUCCACCUCAUCCGCUACCAACAGUUCGCCAUCGUCGCCGACGCUGCAGCGAACACAGGGCCGCUCACAUGACGGUGACGGCGUGGGCGUGGAGUCAUGGUGGUACCCCGGACUGGUGGGAGCCGAGCUGUUUCGUGGCCUGCCUGACCUGCAGCUGCCCUUUCCCGGUUUGCCUGCCUUCCUAGCGCGGCGGCGGCGGCGAGACAACCGCCAGCGGCGGCAGAGGACCACCUUCACCUCCGAGCAGACCCUGCGGCUGGAGAUGGAGUACCACCGCAACGAGUACAUCUCCAGACCGAGGAGAUUCGAGCUUGCUGAGUCACUGGACCUCACGGAGACGCAGAUCAAAAUAUGGUUCCAGAAUCGCCGAGCCAAGGAUAAGCGCAUCGAGAAGGCACACAUGGACCAGCAGUACAGGUGUAUGACCCUGGCCGGAGGUCUGGGAGGCCUGGGUCCUCUCUAUCACCCGGCGUUCUGUGGAAUCUGUACCUACAAACCCCCGUCAGGGCCGCCGCCAGGCUCCGUCCGUGGUUCAGCUGUCUCUCCAUCUUCCAUACUGAGUGGCCCAAAGUCCUCCCCGCCGUCUCUCUUGAGCGGAUCUGCUGCAUCUCCGCCGACUCUCCUCAGCAAUUCCUUGGCGUCCCAGGCUCAAACGCUACCUAUUGGGGCAACGUCCUCAGCUCCUGUACCUCUCGGCCAGUCACCUUCGGCUGCCCUCUCGAUGGGACCUUCCACGUCAUCGAGCCUUGCCAUCGGUCAACUGCCGCCAGUGAAUUUGUCCAUUGGACCACAUCUUCCUGCCUUCCUGAACUCCACAUCUUCCCCUUCCCCACCAGCAACUACCAUCUCCACGGCGGCCACCACCUCCAGCAUCAAGAAGCCAGUCCCACUGCCUGCUUCUACGGCAAGCUUUGUGACACUCCGUGCUCAGGCUUACUGAAUUCAAGUAUACAUUUAUGUAAGUUACACACACCGCUCUCAUCAGCAGUAUACUGCAAUGAGCCAACUGUGUCUGCCAGGCUCAACGCUCAAGUCCAAUCCGGUGUCGCUGAGGCGACUUCACCUUCACACGCCGUUGUUAAUCACCUGGACAUGCACCAGGGCUCCAGUCGCACCACAGACCCUUGACGAUCAUGCAUUCACUUAUAAAACAAGUUACUGUUGACUUCAAUGGCUGCAAGUGCGUUCCUAGUCCACUUUUUUCGUGCGCAAUAUGUUACAUAGAUAUUUUUUUAGUCUAUCAAUGCCAAAGAGAGACAUCCUAAUACGUAACGUCUCUAUGCACUUUUAGCUGGUUAACUAAUAUAAUAUAUAGAUGUUUGUGUUUAAACAUUGUGCACGUUAACAUUUAUAUGUAGUGUUACCUUUUGCUCAUCAAAACUUUACCAAGGUUUUAUUAUAAUGUAUUGACCCGGUAUGACUGGUUCACAAACUG